AACCUCAGACACCGAAGAUUUCAGAACACCGGUCAGGUCCAUGUAUUUAAUGUAAACGGCUAUUUCCGGGGAGAAUGGGCUGAGUGAUGCUCUAAUUUGCGCAUCUGUCUGCUGCAUGAAGCCUCGCUGACUCUGAGACCGUGUAGGUGGAUGAUUUCAGCGUAAUUAUUGAAGAGAUGUCUGCCGCAGAAGGAGCGCACAGCCCGGACAGACUCAAUCAGUUUGAGCGGCUGUCUGGAAGGCCUCCGUUAAGAGAUGCAGGCUCUAAGAAGAGAGUUUGCUGGCUACAAGCUCGAAGAAUCCUCGGCCAAUCCUGCCCCAGUCUACGGAUCCCUAACAGGUUUUUAAGAGAAGUUCAUCACUGUGAUUUCUCACUCGGGUGCAACGUCUGGGUUCCAAGGCAAACUCCGUGCCAGGAAAUUUGCAAGGGUCAUAGAGCCCCUCCGGCCCGUAGCGGCCAUCGCUGUGUGGCUGACAACACCAGCCUCUAUGUGUUCGGAGGGUACAAUCCAGAUUACAAUGAAUCAGGCGGCUCAGAUAAUGAAGACUAUCCACUGUUCAGGGAGCUGUGGAGGUUCCACUUUGCCACGGGUACUUGGCAACAAAUCCGCACAGAGGGCUUUAUGCCCACCGAGCUGGCCUCAAUGUCCGCUGUAUUGCAUGGAAACAACCUGCUUGUAUUUGGCGGGACUGGAAUCCCAUUCGGUGAGAACAAUGGAAAUGACGUACACGUCUGCAAUGUGAAAUACAAACGAUGGUCUCUCCUUAACUGCAGGGGCAAGAAACCUAAUCGAAUAUAUGGACAGGCGAUGGCCAUAAUCAAUGGCUUCCUGUACGUAUUUGGAGGAACGACAGGUUACAUCUACAGCACUGAUCUCCACAGACUGGAUCUGACAACACGAGAGUGGAUUCACUUGAAACCUAACAACCCUCCAGAUGACCUGCCUGAGGAGCGAUAUAGACAUGAGAUAGCCCAUGAUGGACAGAGGAUAUAUAUCCUAGGAGGGGGAACCUCCUGGACCUCCUACCCAUUGGACAAGAUACAUGCAUAUAACCUCGAAACAAAUUCCUGGGAGGAAAUCAUAACUAAGCCUCAUGAAAGAAUAGGAUACCCAGCCCCUCGUAGAUGUCAUAGUUGUGUGCAGAUUAAAAAUGAUGUAUUUAUAUGUGGAGGAUACAAUGGUGAAGUUAUACUGGACGAUCUGUGGAAGAUCAACCUGCAGACGUUCCAGUGGAAUAAACUACCUGCAUUGAUGCCUGAACCUGCUUACUUCCACUGUGCUGCUGUUACCCCGGCCGGUUGCAUGUACAUCCACGGUGGCGUGGUGAACAUCCAUGAUAAUAAGCGAACUGGUUCCUUGUUUAAGAUCUGGCUGGUGGUGCCCAGUCUGCUGGAGUUGUGCUGGGAGCGUCUGCUCAAAGCCUUCCCACACCUGGCCCAACUCACCCCGAUACAGCUGCUAAACUUGGGCCUUACCCAGGAACUCAUUGAACGUUUGAAAUGAAUAGGAGGGGCUGCGAGUGAUUGUGUAUGUACAAUGUGUGUACCUUUUUAUUUUUUGUGGAGCUGAUGAUGGACAGGAUGAAGACACUUGAGCCAACGUGCGGACAGAAAGAACACAUCUGAUUCUAAGGAAGCCCAUCCUACUUUUGUAGGCCACCUUAAAACCAAAAACUAUAGGAUGCCUUUUUGUUUUUUCACGUAUGCAUCUUUUUAAUGAUUUGAAAAAUAUAAAACAAAUAUCCAACACAGAGAAGGCUCUUUUCUCAAACACUUUGGGUCAAUGACCUCAAAACUUUGUCUUUUUUUCUUUCGUGAGAUUGUAAUGUUAUUUAUUGGCCUUCAGUAGUAAUAUUGGGGGGCUUGUUGAAUUGUUUUUACUGAUGUAUCUUAAUUCUAUUUCUUUUCAGUCUAAGAGUUAUUUAAGUUUUAUGAAUCACCAUGAAAAUGUAUCACACCACAGCCUGAAUAUCAUUCAGUUGGCAGUUAUGUAACUGAGGCUUAAUCCGCUUCGAUUUUUACAGUUUGCUGCUGAACAGUUAUUGGUGCAAAUUGUCACUGCAGAAAUAUUGAUGCCUAGGAUUACGAUUUAAGUUUUUACUUUACUGAUUUGAGAAAAUGGUACAAAAUCAGUGCUGAACGAGUGUUUCAAAGUUGAAUGUUUUAGCAGAAUAAAAAAAACUUGGGCGAAUUUGACGUUGCAUGUUCCUCUCAGCCAUCCAGUUUUGUAAACGAAUCGUUACAUCACUGUGAACAAGGUGCUUCUUAACUUACUUUUAAUGCUUCUACUGAAAUAAAAUCUGUUUGUUUUUCCUUAAACUGAUCAUCCCUCAUCCAAAUCUUUAUUAUAUUUUACAUAUUUAAACCAACGGCAGACACUCAUUUAAUUGAUCUAGUCUAGUGCCUUUCCAAGCAAGACCUGAUAAUGUGCUAAAUUUAACAGUGAUAUAAAGCCUUGCUAAAUGCAAUUGAUUAUGAUUUGAUUCAAAUUUUGCUCCAGGAGAAGCUGACCUGAAUUAAAAAAAGAAAAAAAAGGUGCACACUUUUACAUAAAGCUUUCUAGCACUUGAUACAUUUACAGUAAAUAAUGUAAAACAGUUAAUGCCUGGUCAGCACAGUGCUAACGAUAUUGACAAAUCUUUUAAGCCUUUGUGUAUAUCUGUACAGUUUAGAAAAAAAAAAAACAACUGAUAAACUUCCUAUGGUUAGCAAUAAUGUAGCCGAGCAUCUCUUUACUAUGCUGACCUGUUACAACUAAGUAUCAGUCUCUGAAUUACAAAACAUCACUGCUUGAGAAAUGCCAAAUACAGCAUCUUGAAUUCUGAGUUAGUGCAUUUUGCCUUGUUGGGUUCCUUAACCUUAUGGUCAGUUCUAAGAACUUUAACUACAUUAUUAGGCACCAGCAAUUGAUGUAGUUGAGUAAAAAUGUUAAAGAUUCAAUUUCUACACCCUCAGCAUCCUUAUAUAGUUAUUGCUAGGUGCCCCAUUUGUCUAUUUCUGUUUCUAUCAUGUUUCUAAGUAGCUUAUCUCUGGCAUAUUAGAGGUUACAUACAUGCCCAUAAGAUGUGCCCGUUUACCCACUUUUUGCACUUUUACUUCUGCAUGGCUGGAUUCCUGUUUGCAUGGGUCACGAUUAAGGGUGCUUUGUCAUAGAGGCAAUGUGCAGACCAUGACAAUGUCAGAUCCAUUUCUACAGCACAGCUGUAUAUUUUACUCAGUCUGCACUGAUGGACAAGAGUCCCUACAUUUCUGUUUUUGAGAUAAGGGGUUUCAUUGGACUUCCUCAGUUGUGUAGCAAAUGUUUUCAAGGUACUCAAUUUUGUUUUUAUUGUUGGAAAAUUAAUAAACUUGUUCAAACCGG